UUAUCGCUCUGUUAUUUUCUUCUGCUUUCUCUCGAACUGAUCCGAAGAACGAGUGCAUGACUCGAUCUGAAAACAUCUUUGAAAACAUCUUUGACUGAAAGCAAGCCGAUAAAACGAAUGAAUUGUUAGAAUAAUAAGCCAGUUAUUUAGUUGCACGUCCAAGCGCACAAGCGUGCUUAGUAUGCACAUUAGAUCGGUAAGCAGCGCCACAGAAAUCGGCCGAAAUAGCAGGCCAACGUGGAUUGUAUAAUGUACGUAUAACAGGAGUAAGUGUCAGGCGGUUAAGGGCAGGUACGAAUAAAAGCGAAGAGAAGAGUAGAUGUCAUAGUUCAACAACCGAUACGCAUAUAGCGCGUCAUCGGCCCCAGUGGGGCGGGCCGCAGAUGAAAAGGCUUUGCUGGGGUGCGCCUGCAGUCACGGAGCGCAAGGCGGAAGUUCAGUGCAGUCCACUCCGAGAGCUCAAUCGAGAUGGUCGCGAUAGGAAAUACAAAACUUCCAGAUGAUAAAAUCUGCCGUAUCAACCGUCAUCGAAACCGGAGCGCGUGGUUAGACAACCAACCCAAAGACGAUAAGGUCAAGGCAAUCCUCUCAACGUGAGAGUAAGAGAGAGAUAGACACUAUGAAGAAAGCCGGCCCGACACUCGACGAGAAACAAAAGAGAAAGCGUCCUGAGCAUCAAGGUCGCGACGUUUAUCCUGCAGCGAGUGAAAAUUUGGCUGACACACCGAUGCCAUUCCCACGCGAAUCCUGCGACGCUGUACACGCCGACACAGAGGCACACCGGCUAUCGAAUUGUUCGUGUCGCGAUAUGGCCAUCAGUACAAAGGCUCUGAGCCUUUUGCUCUUCCCGGCUCUGGCCGCGCUUUGGAAGUUCACCGCGCCCCUCAUCGCCGAGAUUCUGCCGCUCUACAAGGAAGUCGUGCACCUGCAUCCUGGCAGUGGGAUCCAGAUCGAUAACGCCACACAGUAUGCCAUCCUCGACUUUAUUGGAUUGGUCGAGCAGCACGGCUACAGCGCCGAGGAGCACAAUGUGACGACGAGCGACGGUUACAUUCUGCGAUUGCACCGUAUCAGCGGAGCUCCGACUCGGCCGAAGGCUCCCGGCAAACCGGUUGUGUAUUUACAGCACGGCAUCGGCCUCUCCUCCGACAGCUGGGUUCUCAUCGGGCCCCGAACGGAUCUCGCUUUCCUCUUGGUUGACGCUGGCUACGACGUGUGGAUGGGAAACGUUCGAGGAAACACUUAUUCGCGAGCCCAUGUUUCGAAGGAUCCGAACAGCGAGAGCUAUUGGAGUUUCAGUUACCACGAAAUCGCUCUGUACGACAUUUCCGCUUUCAUCGACACGAUCCUCGACAAAACUGGCGCGCCGAAUUUGACGUAUUUCGGCUACUCCAUGGGCACGACGCUGAGCUACGCUUUGCUCUCCACGUUUCCCGAGUACAACGACAAAAUUAACAUGGUCUACAGUGCCGCGCCGGUUGUCUUCUGGGGCUUCGAGUUGCAGAAACUUUUGAAGGUCCUGGAUGUCAUUUUCGAUCCGUUGAAGGAGUUCAUCGCGUAUUUCAAUUUUCGCGGGUUACUGCCGCAAACUGCCGUGGCGGCGGAGAUCGGAAAUACGUUCUGCGGCGACAAGAGCACGCUGAUCCAGCCGCUGUGCGCCAAGGUGUUUUGCAACAUCGGACUGGACUGCGACAGGUUCAACAAGACGGCACUUCCCAGCAUCAUGGCUCAUUACCCAGCGGGGAUGUCGACUCUGACGGUCUACCACUACAACCAAAAUUACAAGAAAAAUACUUUCCAAGCGUACGACUACGGUGGCCCUGAAAACAUGAUUAAAUACGGCCAACCAGAGCCACCUUACUACAAUCUGACGAAGGUGACGGUGCCGGUCUCGAUCUGGUACGCGGAAGGCGACGACAUUGUAAAUCCGAAGGACGCCCUGGCUUUGGCGAAAGCUUUGCCAAACCUCGUGUCGGUCAACGCUGUCGAGUACGAGAAGUUCAAUCACUUCGACUUUUUGUGGGCCAAAGACGUGAAGCAACUCUUCUACGACAAGCUACCUGUGAUAAAAGAUCUGUAGAGAUAGUUAGACUAAUAGAUAGGAAUAGUUGUAAAUUUGUUCGUUUUUACGUUGAAUAUUUAAUAAUUAUCUAAUUGUAAGGAUAAGAAUAGAGACUAAGAGCGUGUAAAAACUAAAACGUAAUGCUGCACAUCGCGAAUUGUGUGAAUGAUCGUAUUACCACCGAAUAAAUUAAAAAUAAAAACAUGUUACAAAAA